UACGUGACCGGUGAAUGGCAAAAUUCUUGUCAUUUAGUGAAAACAAGAGCAGAAUUCGUCUCACGAGCAAAAUAACAUAAUUAGUUAGUUAUUAUUAAUAUUUAAGCAUUUAGAGGCACAUUUAGCACGUUGCAAUCGAGUUUUAAUCAUGGGUGGGGUGCUCAGCUAUUUUCGUGGUCUGCUCGGCUCCAGGGAGAUGCGCAUUUUAAUACUGGGCCUGGAUGGUGCCGGCAAAACAACAAUAUUGUAUAGGCUGCAGGUCGGCGAGGUCGUUACAACGAUACCAACAAUUGGCUUCAACGUGGAGCAGGUAACAUACAAGAACCUCAAGUUCCAGGUCUGGGACUUGGGCGGACAGACAAGUAUUAGACCAUAUUGGCGUUGCUAUUACAGCAACACGGACGCAAUAAUAUAUGUGGUCGAUUCAGCGGAUCGGGAUCGCAUUGGCAUUUCCAAGGAUGAGCUGUUGUACAUGCUGCGCGAGGAGGAGCUGGCUGGGGCAAUACUCGUUGUGCUUGCCAACAAACAGGACAUGGACGGCUGCAUGACCGUUGCCGAGGUGCAUCAUGCGUUAGGUUUGGAGAAUCUAAAAAAUCGCACAUUUCAAAUAUUCAAAACGUCGGCCACCAAAGGCGAGGGACUUGAUCAGGCAAUGGACUGGUUAUCCAAUACGCUGCAAAGCCGCAAAUAGUCAUGCCCCACCCCUCGAAAUGAGCCUGUGC